AUGCACCGCCCCAGCUCAUCGGCCGGCAGUGGACGGCCAGCCAGCAGCCAGUGGCAGAUCACCGUCCAGCAACGAAACAUCAAGCAGAAGACGAACAAGCACCCCCACGGCCCACCUGACCCUGGCAAGGACACUCGACGAGCUGCAGGCAUUCGACAGAACGCUCUCCGAGUCCGAGAAGCACGCAUCUCCCGCAUCCUCCGCGACGCCAAGGAGUGGCAGGCCUUCUUCAAGAUCGGCAAGGACGACCUCGAGCGCGAACGCAAGCUGCCCAAGCGCGACUCCCACUCGCUGGGCUCGGCGGCCGACGAGCCGGGGGCCGACGAGAGUCUGGCGGGCCAGAUGAAGCGGGUCAAGUCCGAGCAGAUCGUCGUCUACACCGCCCCGGCGCCGCCCGAGAGCUCGUCCCCGAGACUGCUGCUCGAGCCCUCCCCGCCGCUCCCGCUCAGCCCGACCGUCGAGGAGGCCGCCAGCAUCCGCACCCGCAAGUCCCUGGAGGAGGCGCUCGGGCUCAGCCCGGCGGACGCCGAGGCCAUCAACCGGCUCACGCGCACCUUCGACGACGAGCAAGUCCUCCACCAGCUCGCCGACCCGGAGCCCCCCCACCCAGAAGAAGUGGCGCCCGCCGGCCUCGCCGAAAGCCCCGCCGUCGUCCCCCCGCCCGCCGAAAGCCCCGCCGUCGUCCCCCCGCCCGCCGAAAGCCCCCCCGCCCGCAGACCCCGCCACAAGGUCACCGUCGCCGACUUCGAGAUCAUGCGCGUGCUCGGAAAGGGCUGCGCAGGCAAAGUGCUCAUGGUCCGCUACCGCAGACCCGCCGCCGCCUCCAGCCAGGUCUACGCCAUGAAGUCCAUCAAGAAGAACCACGUCCUCAGCCACAGAGAGCUCCAGCACACCCUCACCGAGCAGAGCGUCCUCCGCCGCGUCGCCGACGAGCCCGAGAGCAACCCGUUCAUCGUCCGCCUCUGGUGGAGCUUCCAUGACAAGGACCAUCUGUUCCUGGUGAUGGACUUUCAUCCGGGCGGCGACCUGGCCACCCAACUGGCCCGCUGGGGCCGGCUGGGCCGAGACCGGGCGCGGUUCUAUGCCGCCGAGAUCACCGAGGGCGUCGCAUCGCUGCACCGCUCCGGGGUGAUCUACCGCGACCUGAAGCCCGAGAACAUCCUCAUCGCCUUCGACGGCCACAUCGUGCUUACCGACUUCGGCCUCUCCAAGCAGUUCCAGCGCGCCGUCCAAGACCAAGCCGGCGGAGAGGACGAGGACGAACGGACACUCACGUUCUGCGGGACGGCCGAGUACCUUGCGCCCGAGGUCUUGCUCGGCGAGCCCUACAGCUACGAGGUCGAUUGGUGGUCCUUCGGCACCAUGCUAUACGAGAUGUUGACCGGGCUGACGCCCUUCUGGUCCGAGGACCACGCGACGAUGUACCGCCGCGUGCUGCACGAGGAGCUCGUGUUCUCCGAGGACUCCAACCGGGUCAUGGACCACGACACCAAGACCCUGCUGCGCGGCCUGUUGCAACGCAACCCGGCGGUCCGGAUGACGGGCGAGCGGAUCAAGAAGCAUCCGUACUUCGGGAUGAUCGAUUGGGACCAUGUGCAGCACAAGCGCUACAUCCCGCCCUACGUGCCAGCAGUCAACCCGAACGACGCGACAGACACCCAGAACUUCGACGAGACGUUCCUGGCGAUGGAGCCGACGUAUGUGCAAGACGACGACCCGCCCGGGCCGGCGCGCCCCUCGGAGUCGAAGGACAAGGCCGAGCAGGACGAGGAGGGCGAGGAGGGCGAGGGGAAGGUCGUGCCCCAGCGCGCCGUCGACGAGAACGGGCUCGACGUCUUCGACGGGUACAGCUAUCUCGCGCCCAGCCAUGCCCGCGACUCGUCGGACCUCAACGGCCGGCUGAAGUCCGCCAACACCCUCUUCGCACGCGGCGUGGUGGAUAAAUACAAGCUCCGGAUGCGCAAGGGGAAUCAUGAGGCCUCGGCGCCGACGUCGGCGACGGGGUCGCUCCAGCCCGGCCUUGGGCGGCCGUUCGGGAGCAGCAAGUCGAGCUUCAUCCGCGCCGCCCAGACGCUUGUCCCGAUGGACGCCGACCCUCCUCCCUCGCUCGCCUCGCUCACGCCCUCGGCCUCGGCCUCCCUCACGCCCUCGGCCUCCCUCACGCCCUCCCUCCCCGCCUCCGGCCCAUCGUCGACAUCGAAGCCGAAGAAGCGGUUCGGCCUGCGCGCCCCCUCGGCCAAGAAGCCCGUCGGCCCCCCCGCGGCCGCCGCAGCCGCGCCGGGCCCGUCGCCUGCCCGCAAGGCCAUCCGCGCCCUCGACCUCUCCGCCGUCGUCGCCGCCCAGUUCCUCAAGAAAUCCCACACCCCCCCGUCUGCGUCUGGCUCGCCUGCCCGCCCGUCGCCCAGAGCCGCCUCCAGAGGGGGGUCGCCCGGCCGCGCCAUGCCCGAGCCCGAGCCGGGCCCGCCCGCCGCCGCCCUCGCGCCCCUCGCUGCGCCCGCCCCCGCCCUUAAGGACCCGCUUCUGCUGCCCCCGGAGGCGCCCGGUCCAGAGCCGCUCGCUUAG